ACCUCAAAAGUGGACUCUGAUAGCCGUUCACCAUUGUACUCGUAUACAUGGUAUUCAUCUAAGUAUCUGAUUUUAGCCAGACUAAUCCAUACCGAUAGAUGUCCCUGAAAACCUGCCAGCCACCGACGCAUCCUUCCAUCGAAAACACCUGCAUUCGAAAGACCUUGAUCCAUCGACAAUCCCGCCCGUAUUUCAUCCUGUGAGCGCCAUGGUCUUUAUCUUUCAGCAGCACCAGCACCAGCAGGAGGAGGGGUCAAAGUUGAUGGACCGGCAUCUGGGCCGUGAUGUGUCUUUGCUCCAACCGGGGUCAAAGACCACUCAGAGAACUUCUCUUUCAUCCCAGCACCCAGUUUUCCAGGGAAUCCCCGAGCGGUUAAUUGCUGCGGCAGCUCAGGCCUUCCAUCAUUCGUCCUCCUCGUCCUCGUUCCAUUGUUACCUUCUCGCAUCGAUCUGCGCAAAGCCCUCCUCCAUCGAGAUCUGUCAUGACAUACCCCUACAAGUGACCCCCUCCAGUUGCUUCUCGCUUGUCGCCAUCGGCGGAGCUCAUGCGUGUGCCUCAUGGUGUCUUUUAUGUAUCAAGUUGGCGGUUACUUGCACUUGUGCCAUCUAUUCUACUGAGUACUUACCGACUUACCAACCUACCAACCUACCAACCUACCUCCUCCCCUCAUCCGCCACUAGCUGUCUCAUUCUUCUUGAAUCGAUGGAGUAGUGCUUGGGGAUUAUUGUCCCUCUCCUUGAGUGGAUUUUUUUCCUUCAACACACGGGAACCUUCAUUCCAACCCCUGUUCUCAUUGGGCAUGAUGCACCUCAAUACACCUCUACAUCUCUACACCUCCACGGGAUUCGACCAGACGGGUGUUUACAACUGCUGGUACAUCCUGGAGAGACAAACGG